UAGUUAAACAUUUUACUGUAAAGCUACUUCGGGAUUUUUAUAUAGAGGUAUUGUCGAGGUCUUGCCUGGCUGGCCCAUGGUGAGACGGGGACCUAGAGGAACUGAACAGACACAAGAUGGCCUGUGUGGAGGAGCCCCCUGAGAAGCACUGCUGGGUGUGUUUUGCGACAGAGAGAGAGGAUCGCGUGGCAGAGUGGGUGAGCCCCUGCAGAUGUAAGGGCUGUACCAAGUGGAUCCACCAGGCCUGUCUGCAGCGUUGGCUCGAUGAGAAGCAGAAAGGAAACAGUGGAGGAGCCGUCAGCUGCCCUCAGUGUGGCACAGAGUACCGCAUUGUCUUUCCCAAAAUGGGGCCGUUGGUAUACUUCCUCCAGCAGAUGGACAGUGCUCUGUCACGGGCCAGUCCAUUCACUGCUGCCGGUGUGGUGGUGGGGACAGUCUAUUGGUCAGCUGUCACCUAUGGAGCUGUGACUGUCAUGCAGGUGGUGGGCCAUAAGAAGGGCUUGGAUGUGAUGGAGAGAGCAGAUCCUCUGUUCCUCCUGAUGGGUCUACCUACCAUCCCAGUGAUGCUUGUCCUGGGCAAGAUGAUCCGCUGGGAGGACUACAUACUGAGGCUGUGGCAGAGACACUCCUCUAAACUACAGUUGCUAUUGCCAGGUAUAGGUCGUCCGUUGCCCCGUGUGCCAGCUGAUGGGGUUAAUGGAGGGGACCACCUGUCAGUGUCUCGUACUCUGUGUGGAGCUCUCAUCUUCCCCUCUGUAGCCAGCCUGGUGGGACGACUGAUCUUCGGCAGGGUACCCUCAUCUCUGCAACGCACCGUUCUGGGUGGUAUAGCAUUUGUGGUGAUGAAGGGAGUGUUGAAGGUGUAUUUCAAACAGCAGCAAUACCUCAUUCAGGCCAACCGCCACAUCCUCAACUACCCCGAGAGAGGGAGGGAUGGAGAGACGGAGGGACGGAGCGAGGGAGGAGAAGACGACACAGAGGACAGCGGAAAUGAGUGAAUGCAAGACUCCCCCUCCCCAACCUUAACCCCCCAGAAUCCUCUGUUCCCAAUCGCAAUGUAGUUUUAUUUUACUCAGACAAGGGGUGUGUUUAGGAGGUGCAUUACAUUUCCAAAAAGAGAACUUGUCCAAUAGGAAUGCAAUUGUUAGUUUUUUUCUCCCAUUUGUCUCCUGAAUGCGACCCAGGUCUUCUAUUUGCAUUGUAAGAUAUCCACCCAACCAUGACUGUAUGUGUGAGCGUGUGUGUACACUGUAGAGCCCAUGCUAUUUUAUUUGCCUGUAUGAAUGAAUUGGCUAAUAAAGUGAUUUGAUUGCUA